CACCAGGAGAGGUAUCACACGCGCAGCCUGCACUGAUUCAUUGCCUUGCAGGACUUCAGUUUGGAAACAUGUCCCUACUUCACACUGUUGUUCCCUUGCAAGGCACCCAGGGAAGGAUGUGCUGGGGAGAAUGGGAGACCGCAUAUAGAGGAGGAACCGCCCUGAGGAACACCCUUUGAGAUGUGGAAUCAAAUCUGGGCAGUUUAUUCCCAUAAUCUGACGGACCCUUUGACACGGUAAAAUGUCUAUCCAUGAAGAGCCACAAGGGCGAAUGUCCUUCUCUACUGAUAUGCCCUUGAGAACAAAUUUAACGACUUCAGUCAAUAACUCAGGGGACGCCCCUUCUUCAUCGAUGGAGGAUAUGAUAGCCAUGUGUAGCAUCAGCGUGAUCCUGUCCAUCAUGUGUGUGGUUGGAGUAGCAGGGAACGUUUACACGCUGGUGGUGAUGUGCCAGUCUAUGAGGUCAGCAGCUUCCAUGUACAUUUACAUCAUCACUUUGGCAUUGGCUGAUCUCCUCUACCUACUCACCAUCCCUUUCAUUGUGGGAACCUACUUCAUCCAGGAGUGGUACUUUGGGGACAUAGGCUGCCGAAUACUCUUCAGCUUGGACUUUCUCACCAUGCACGCCAGCAUCUUCACCCUCACCAUCAUGAGCACAGAGCGCUACUUUGCCGUUCUUAAACCACUGGACACAGUGAAAAGGUCCAAAAGCUACAGGAAGUGCAUUGCUGUGGUUGUCUGGUUGGUGUCCCUUCUCAUAACACUCCCAAUGCUCAUCAUGAUUAAGUUGGUCCACAAAGACAACAAAAGCAUCUGCCUCCCCACGUGGAGCAAAAUGUCCUACAAAGUUUAUCUCACUGUACUUUUUAGCACAAGCAUUGUGGGUCCAGGGCUCAUCAUAGGCUACUUGUACAUCAGACUGGCCAGGACCUAUUGGUUAUCACAGACUGCCUCCUUCAAACAGACCAAGAGACUUCCUAACCAAAAAGUCCUCUACUUGAUAUUCACCAUUGUUUUGGUCUUCUGGGCUUGUUUCCUUCCCUUUUGGAUCUGGCAACUCCUUACGCAGUACUAUGAGUCUUUACCAAUUUCCCCCAAGGCGACCAAGAACAUUAACUAUUUGACCACAUGCCUGACCUACAGCAACAGCUGUAUUAACCCCUUCCUGUACACCCUGCUGACCAAGAACUACAAGGAGUACUUAAGGAACAGGCAGAGACCAUGGAACAACAGCAGCUACUUCAAAAACCGAUUUCAUAGGGUUUCUGGCAGGUCCAUGUCUACUAGUAGCCAGCAGUGCACAGAGAGCUUUGUUUUGGCACAGUGCCCCGGGAGCAACAGCAACUCCUGAAUAUAAUAACUAUUACCAACCUGUAUAUUGCAGCACAGGCAGAUGAUUCCUUCCGAUGCUCAGUGUGUUUUUUUAGUAGUGUCUGUGCUCUUAGAAAAUGUACUGGUUGCUGUAUCAGACUGCACAGGAUCCCCCAUUUGACAUGCUUUAAUUGUUGGCACUGCAAGGGACAAACCUAUCAACAAAAAACUUAUUACUGCAAUAACUUUUUGUAACCAGCAGACUACAAUCUAAAAUCAGCAAUUGAUUCA